ACAGUUGAAGUUAGAACUCCGCCUGGUACAUCGGUUUACUAUGAAUGCAAUAGUUUUGUCAGUCGCAUUGACUUUAGCCUGCACAGCAGCCGCCUUUAACGAUCCGCUACUCGUCGAGUUAACAAAUGGAGAGCUUCGCGGACGCGAUAAAGGAUUCUACUACAGCUUUGAGUCGAUACCUUAUGCACAGCCACCCAUCGAUGCCUUGCGCUUGGAAGAUCCAGUUCCAUAUGGAGGAAUAUGGGAGCAUACCUUCGAUGCCACCAAGCCACCGACUGAGUGUCUGCAGUGGAACCAAUUCAUACAACAGCCUGACAAACUAACGGGCAGCGAGGACUGUCUGACCGUCAGCAUCUACAAGCCAAAGAACGCUAGUCGGAAGAGCUUCCCGGUCGUGGCAAAUAUUUUCGGCGGUGCGUGGACCUUCGGCAGCUCGCUAGAUGAUGGAGUUGAGCUUAUUAUGAAUAGGGGCAAUGUAAUAGUAGCGAAGAUCAACUACAGAGUGGGUCCACUUGGGUUUUUAAGCACCGGCGACAACGUACUACCUGGAAACUAUGGUCUAAAGGAUCAGCGACUCGCAAUCCAAUGGAUCAAGCAGAACAUUGCUCGGUUUGGUGCAGAUCCAGAGAAUAUAAUUCUUCUUGGUUUCGGUACAGGUGGUUCUUCGGUACAUCUGCAGCUUAUGCAUAAGGAUAUGGAGAAGAUAGUGAAGGGCGGCAUCUCAAUUAGUGGAACAGCGACGUCUCCCUUUGCUGUGCAGCCUAGCGGGCGGGAGCUGUCAUUUAAAUAUGCCAAAAUAUUGGGUUGCGACAACGCUGAAACAUCAACUGAGCUGAAGGAAUGCCUGAAAAAAAUAAAAGCCGACGACUUCGUCAGUGCCCUAAGACAUCUAAAAGUCUUUGACUAUGUACUCUUUGGUGCAUUUAAUCCAGUCAUUGAGUCUUCUGAGUCGGACAGUGCUUUCCUCACCGAAUUUCCUAUCGAGACUAUCAGGAAUGGAAGAUCUGCCCAAGUACCUUGGUUGGCCAGCUACACCACGGAGAAUGGAAUCUAUAACGCUGCCCUGUUGCUGCAAAGGGACUCCAAUGGAAAUGCAAGAAUAGAAGAGCUCAAAUUUCGAUGGAAUGAGCUAGCCCCAUACUUCUUCUCAUAUCCUUACCUAUGGAAACGAUCUGAGAGGGAUAACCGUUCCCGAAAACUAAAACUGAAAUAUCUUGGCUUUAAAAAUUUCAGUGUCGAAAACUAUUUCGACGUCCAGCGUAUGUUCACAAAUGAGCUGUAUAAGAACGGCAUCGAAGUGGCCUUAGAUGCACAUCGGAGGUAUGGCAGCAGCCCCGUUUAUGCUUAUGUCUACGACAAUCCGGCAGAUAACUCGUUCACACAGUUCCUUUCGAGACGCACAGAUCUGUUUCUGGGCACGGGAUUGGGCGACGAUUACUAUUUAAUGUUUAGCAAUCCAAUUCGCAAUCCUUUGAGAGCGGACGAGAAAAUCAUUUCACAAAAGCUAGUCAAGUUGGUUGAGGAGUUUGCCCAAGCCGGAAACUUGACCUACGAUAACUGCGUGUUCCCAGACAACCGUGGCAAACGACAGUUCCAGCUGGUGGCCAUCAAACGUACCCAAUGCGAAGUGCUGGAAGCGAAGUAUUUACCCGAUAAGGUGUCCAACAAUCUACCACUAUCCCCAGUUGUCGUACAAUAAGCGCCUUUACACUAGAAUUAUUUUUUUUUUAUUAUUAAUUGUCGCCA